AUGGACAUUUACUUCUGUUUGAGACAACCAUCCCGGAUGGUGGACAGUAAAAGAAUGAAGACUGGUUCACAUUUCCAGUGGCUCUUAUUCUCAUUCAUUCUUCUGUAUCUAAUGAACCAAGUAAAUAGCCAGAAGAAGGGGGCUCCUCAUGAUCUGAAGUGUACAACUAACAAUUUAAAAGUGUGGGACUGUUCAUGGAAAGCACCCUCUGGUCAUGGCACUUUCUAUGAAGUUUGCAUUGAGAACAGGUUCAAUUCUUGUUAUCGAUCAGUGAAAACGAGUGCUAAAAUCCCAGCUCUUUUACCGGGUGAUCAUGAAAUAACAAUAAAUCCUCUACAUGAUUUCAGAAGUUCCAUAAGUAAAUUUAUACUAAAUGAGGAAAACGUUUCCUUAAUUCCAGAUGUUCCAGAGAUCUUGAACUUGUCUGCUGAUUUUCCAACUUCAACAUUACACAUCAAGUGGAAUGACAAGGGCUCUGUUUUUCCACACCACUCAAACGUCAUCUGGCAAAUUAAAAUUCUACGUACGAAGAGGAUGGAAAUUGUAACAUUAAUUACCCACAACACAACUCUGAAUGGUAAAGAUACAGUUCAUCACUUGAGUUGGACCUCAGACAUCCCUUUGGAGUGUGUCACCCAUUAUGUGGAAAUGAGAUGCUACAUUGAUGAUCUUCAUUUCUCUGGUCACAAAGAGUGGAGUGACUGGAGCCCAAUGAAGAACAUUUCUUGGUUGCCUGGUCUGCGUAGGGUUUUUCCUCAAGACAAAGUCAUACUUGUAGGCUCAGAUAUAACUGUUUGUUUUAUAAUUCAAGAAAAAGUUUUAUCAGCACAUGUUGGCAAAGAAAAGUAUCCCCUUAUCCAUCUUGAUGGAGAAAAUGUUGCAAUCAAGAUCUCUAAUAUUUCUGCUUCUCCAAGUAGUGGAACAAAUGUUCUUUUCACAGCAGACGCCAUUGUGGAUGGAACAGUUAUAUUUGCAGGAUAUCCACCUGAUAUUCCUCAAAAACUAAACUGUGAAACACACAAUUUAAAGGAUAUUAUAUGCACUUGGAACCCAGGAAGGUCAACAGGAUUGUUGGGUCCACGCAAUACAAGUUACACCUUGUUUGAAAGUUUUUCAGGGAAAACUGUUACUUUUAAAAGAACUGAAGAGGCCACAAGUGAAGACUAUCAGUUAUUCUUUCCAAUGAUUCCAAACAGGGAAAUAUAUAAUUUUACUUUGAAUGCCUACAAUCCUUUGGGUCAAUCAGAAUCAACAAUAUUAGUCAAUAUAACUGAAAGAGUUCAUCUCCAUACACCUACUUCAUUCAAAGUGAAGGAUAUUAAUUCAUCAGCUAUUGCACUUUCUUGGCGCUUACCAGGCAACCUUACAAAUACUAAUCUUUUAUGUCAAAUUGAAAUUAAUACAAGUAAUUCAGUACAAGAAUUGCGGAACGUCACAAUCAAAGGAGUAGAAAAUUCAAAGUAUCUCAUUGCCGUGGACAAGUUAAAUCCAUAUACUAAUUAUACUUUUCGGAUUCGCUGUUCUACUGAAACAUUCUGGAAAUGGAGUGACUGGACCAUUGAAAAACAGCAUCUGACAACAGAAGCCAUUCCUUCAAAGGGACCAGAUACUUGGAGAGAGUGGAGUUCUGAUGGGAAAAAUUUAAUAAUCUAUUGGAAGCCUUUACCCAUUAAUGAAGCUAAUGGAAGAAUCCUUUCCUAUAAUGUAUCGUGUUCUUCGGAUGACGAAACGCAGUCCCUUUCUGAGAUUCCUGAUCGUCAACACAAAGCAGAAAUACAACUUGAUAAAAACGAUUACAUCAUUAGUGUGGUUGCAAAAAAUUCUGUGGGCUCAUCUCCACCUUCAAAGAUAGCUAGUAUGGAAAUUCCACAUGAUGACCUCAAAAUAGAGCAGGCUGUUGGGAUGGGAGAUGGGAUUGUCCUCACUUGGAAUUAUGAUCCCAACAUGACUUGUGACUACGUGAUUCAGUGGUGUAACACAUCCCGGCCUGGGCCCUGCCUGAUGGACUGGAAAAAAGUUCCUUCAAACAGCACAGAAGCGGUGAUAGAAUCUGAUCAGCUUCAACCAGGUAUAAGAUAUAGUUUUUUCCUGUAUGGAUGCAAAAAUCAAGGAUAUCAGUUACUACGUACCGUGAUUGGAUAUAUAGAAGAACUGGCUCCAAUUGUUGCACCCAAUUUUACUGUUGAAGAUACUUCUGCUGACUCUAUAUUAGUAAAAUGGGACGAUAUUCCUGUGGAAGAGCUUAGAGGCUUUUUAAGAGGAUAUUUAUUUUAUUUUGGAAAAGGAGAGAGAGGCAUCUCUAAGAUGAGGGGCUUGGAGUCUGGCCAUUCUGACAUAAAGGUUAAGAAUAUUACUGACAUAUCUCAGAAGACGUUGAGAAUCGCUGACCUUCAGGGCAAAACAAGUUACCAUCUGGUGCUACGAGCCUACACCAGUGGUGGGAUGGGCCCCGAGAAGAGCAUGUAUGUGGUGACAAAGGAAAAUUCUGUGGGAUUAAUUAUUGCCAUUCUCAUCCCAGUGGCAGUGGCUGUCAUCAUUGGAGUGGUAACUAGUGUCCUUUGCUAUCGGAAACGAGAAUGGAUUAAAGAAACCUUCUACCCGGACAUUCCAAAUCCAGAGAAUUGUAAAGCACUACAGUUUCAAAAGAGUGUCUGUGAGGGUAACAGUGCCCUUAAAACAUUGGAGAUGAAUCCUUGUACCCCAAAUAAUGUCGAAGUUCUGGAAACCCGAUCAACAGUCCCUAAAAUAGAAGAUACAGAAAUAAUCUCCCCAGUAGCCGAGCGUCUUGAGGAGAACUGUGAGGCGGAAUCUGAAAACCAUGUGGUUGUGUCCUAUUGUCCACCAAUCAUUGAGGAAGAAAUACCGAAUCCAGGGGCAGAUGACGCCGGAGGAACUUCACAGGUCAUUUACAUUGAUGUUCAGUCCAUGUAUCAGCCUCAGGCAAAGCCCGAAGAAGAACAGGAAAACGACCCUGUAGGGGGGUCAGGCUAUAAGCCACAGAUGCACCUCCCCAUUACUUCUGCUGUAGAAGAUCUGACUGCAGAAGAUGACUUGGAUGAAGCCGCAGGCUACAGGCCUCAGGCGAACGUCAGCACUUGGAAUUUGGGAUCUCCUGACUCCCCCAGAUCCACAGACAGCAACAGCGAAGUCGUCUCUUUUGGAAGUCCAUGCUCCAUCAACUCCCGACAGUUUCUGAUUCCUCCUAAGGAUGAAGACUCUCCCAAAUCUAGUGGAGGAGGCUGGUCCUUUACAAACUUUUUUCAGAACAAACCAAAUGAUUAA